AUGCGGGUGACACCCAUCCGCACCUCCGCCACAGGCUGCAGGCCAGCGCUUAGGGUGACUGCCAGCGCCGAGACUAGGAUUCUAUUCCAGAGCCGAGUCAAGCAAGCAGGGUGGAAGGCCCCACGAGAAGAUCUCAAGGGCCUGCACCCCAUCGCACGCGAGGCCUGGACCUCCAUCCACACCAUCUACUCCAUCUGCUUUGAAACGCCACUGCUGGCAGCGCCAUGGCUGGCCGACCUGGCAGACGAAAGCACGGUGCACCUCAAGUGCGAGACGCGCCAGGCCACAGGCUCGUUCAAGGCGCGCGGCGCAGCCCACAAGCUGUUCAGCCUGACCGACGAGGAGCUGCAGCGGGGCGUGGUGGCGGCCAGCACGGGCAACCACGCGCUCGCCGUGCUGGCCGCCGCCAAGUCUGCCUCGGCGCAGCGCGGCGGCAUCCCCGUCCCCGUCCGCAUCUACCUGCCCCGGACAGUCAGCGCAGCCAAGGUGGAGCGGCUGCACGAGCUGGGGGCUACCCUGGUGACGGUGGGAGACGACUGUGUGGAGGCGGAGGCACAGGCGCGGCGGGACGCGGCGGCAGAGCGCGCCACCUACGUCAGCCCCUACAACGACGUCCAGGUGGCGGGCGGGCAGGGCAGUAUCGCAGUCGAGCUGCUGGAGCAGUUGCCGCGGGGCCGGCUGGACACAGUGUUUGUGCCGGUGGGGGGUGGCGGCCUGGCGGCCGGCAUCGCGAGCGUGCUCAAGGCAGCCGACCCUGCCAUCCGCGUGGUGGGCUGCCAGCCCGCAGCCAGCGACGUGAUGCGGCAGUCGGUGGCGGCUGGUCGGGUGGUGGAGGCCGACUGGCGGCCCACGCUGUCUGAGGGCACGGUGGGCGGCCUGGAGGCCGGUGCCAUCACGCUGGAGCCGUGCAGCCGCUUUGUGGAUGAGUGGGUGGUGGUGUCGGAGAGGGAGAUAGCCAACGCUGUGAUCGACACGGUCACUCAUAGCGGCAUGCAGGUGGAAGGCGCCACGGGUGUUGCGGUGGCAGCAUUCCAAAAGCUGGCGCCGCAGAUGCAUGGACGGCAUUGCGUCAUCAUAGCAUGCGGCGGGAACAUGUCGAGCAGCGGCAUGGACGCAGUGUACAGGGUGGCGGGCAGGGCCCGCCCUGGCGAGAUGCCACGUGAACCGGCGGCAGCCUGA